AUGAGUCGUUACCACAAUAGUACUAGCAAAGCUUCAUCAUCAUACAACAACUAUUCCAAAAUGUCCAAUCGCCGGCAAAUGGAACAUGAAAGUGGUUAUUAUGAGGAUACAUCGGAAGAUGCCUAUGGUUACAGUGGAGGUGGUGGUGGAAGUAAACGCAUACGACAACGUUCCAAUGAGGUGGCCAAAUACAAUAAAAGACAAAAAGUCUACAAUAACCAACACAGCAACAGCUCAACAACUGGUGUGGGUGUAAAUUUGACAAAGCGGUCCUCAAAAGACAUUACAAAUUCCUCCAGCUCCAGCACAACAUCCCGUAAUAUAUAUGCCAACAAUAACAACAACAUCUAUGAUCAACACACCGAUCAUCAACAGCGUAAAAUUGCCGCCUCAUAUCAGAAUUAUCAAAACUCAACUAAAAUAAGUUCAAGUGCCAACUAUAAUCACAAUAACAACAACAAUUUAUACAACAAUGUUGUUGUUGGUAGUAGCAGCUAUCCAAAGAUGACACCCUCGUCUGGAUCAAAUGAAAUUGUCGAGGUUCCCGAUAGUGAUAAUGAUGAUGAUACCACAGCAGCAGCCAAUUCAACUAAACCAAAUAAAAUGAAAAAUGGUGGAGGUGGUAGUGUUACCAGUAAUGGAAGUCAUGGCAAGUCGAAUGCCAAUGUUCCUACAUUUAUUGUUAAUGGCAGCAGCAGUGGCAGUAAUAGUAAUCACUCUAGCCAUAACUAUGCUGUAGUCGAUAAACAACAGCAACAGGCUUCGGGAUCAAAAACCACAGCCAAUGGCACAAAGUCAUCUGGUGGCGGUGGUGGCAGUUCAAGCAAAGCUGAUAAAAAGCCCACAGAUAAUACUGCUGCCAAUAAUGGUCAAAAUAAUUCCGGAUCGGACGUGGAACGUUUACAACGUGAAAUUGAGGAAGUUACUCAGGUUCAUACAAAUUAUGUUGUCAAGCAAGAAGAACAAGUCGAUUUAUCUCACUUUAAGCUGAUACGCGUACUCGGAACAGGAGCUUAUGGAAAAGUAUUUCUGGUACGCAAACUCAAGGGCAAAGAUAAAGAUCAACUGUAUGCUAUGAAGGUGCUGAAGAAGGAUACCGUAGUACAAAAAAAGAAAACUGCCGAACAUACAACCACCGAAAGACAGGUCCUUGAAGCAAUACAACAAAGUCCAUUCCUUGUUGGACUACACUAUGCUUUUCAAACCGAUUCCAAACUGUAUUUAGUUUUGGAUUAUGUCAGUGGUGGUGAACUUUUUACACAUUUAUAUAAGGCCGAACAUUUUUCCGAAUCGACUGUACGUGUAUAUAUAGCCGAAGUGGUUUUGGCAUUGGAACAUUUACAUAAAUUGGGCAUUAUUUAUCGUGACAUUAAAUUGGAAAAUAUACUACUCGAUGGCCAGGGACAUAUUGUCCUAGCCGAUUUUGGACUAUCGAAAAUAUUUGCACCCGAUUCCGAUCAUCGGGCGCAUAGUUUUUGUGGUACACUUGAAUAUAUGGCACCGGAAAUAAUACGUGCCGGUCCAAAUGGUCAUGAUCUUGCCGUCGAUUGGUGGUCCGUUGGUGUGUUGACCUAUGAACUGUUAACCGGUGCCUCACCAUUUACCGUUGUCGAACAGCAAAAUUCGCAAAGUGACAUUUCACGACGCAUACAAAAAGUUGAUCCCGUACUACCUCCAACCCUUGGCGAACAUGUUAAAGAUUUCAUUUUGAAAAUGUUACACAAAGAUCCGAAGAAACGUUUGGGCGGCAAUAGCGCCAAUGCCACGGAAAUUAAAAAUCAUCCAUUUUUCCGUGGCAUCAAUUGGAAUGAGCUGAAGAGUAAGAGGCGAAAAGCACCAUUUAAACCCGCCCUGGAUAGUGAAGAUGAUACACAGAAUUUCAGUGAGGAGUUUACCAAACAACCGGCUAUUGAUUCACCGGCUCCGGUACCCGCUAAUACACAUCGUCUAUUUCGUGGUUAUUCAUAUGUGGCACCGCAACAUCGCAGCAAAGUUGAGCCCGAAAUUGAAAUGCAAUGCAAUUUUUAUUUGGAAUAUUGUAAUAAAAGUGUUUUGGACCCCCUACCCGCUCCCAAUAGCAUACAACUCAAAGAGCUGUGUAGUAGUGGCGCAUUCGGUAAAUGUUAUCUCGGUUGGGAUGAGUUGCGUCACAGCAAUGUUGCUGUCAAAAUUAUACCAUCAAACAAAUAUCGACCCUCCGAAUUGGAUGCUUUGAUCUCAUGUGCCCAAGAUGGUCAUAAAUGUAUAGCACAACAUUUCGGAGCAUACCGUAAUGGUUCAGAUAUUUGGCUUGUCCAAGAAUAUGUACCUGGCUGUGAGCUCUCCGAUUACAUUGUACAGCAUGAUGAGGGAAUGGAUGAGUUGUCAUGUCUGCAUGUUAUUGUGCAAAUGCUGGAUGCCCUACAACAUGUACACAAGCGGCAAUUUAUUCACGGUGACCUGAAACCGGAAAAUAUCAUUUUCGCUGGCAAUGAUAUAAGCGAAACGAAGUUGGUGGAUUUCGGUGCAGCGUGCUAUCAUGGCGAUAUGGAAUCUUGGAGUGAUAGUCCACGUUUUACCAUUGACUAUGCCCCACCCGAAAUGUUAGAAGAUCCUGAAUUGGCCACAUAUUCCAAAGCUGUGGAUAUUUGGUGUUUAGGUACCACCCUAUAUACCAUGUAUAUGGGCCAUUCACCCUUUCGGCGGGGCCGAGAGGAUCGAGCAGUUAGCUUGGAAGUCCAUCGUCAACGGAUAUUGUCGGAAGACUUUUAUAUGGAAUCCAAACGGUGGCAACAGGCCAGCUCCGAGUUACAAAAUCUUAUCAGGGGUUGCCUUGAAAAGGAUGCCAGCAAAAGGUUGACACUUUUAGAAAUUGUUGAUCAUAGUUGGUUCCAAAUUUUACAUGAACAAAUGCAGGAGGAGGAGGAAGAGGUUGAAGAGCAGCAAGUGCAACAAAUCAAAUGUGAAACAAUUGCCGAAGAAGAAGAGGAGGUGGAGGAUAAACAACAAAUUGUGGAAGAAAAAGUACCAGCGCCAUUAUCACCAAUUGCCGAGAUACAACCAGAGCAACAAGUUGCUGAGACUGUUUCUACAAAUCAUUUGAAACUUGAAAGCAUUGCUGAGGAGAACGAGCAGGAAGAGCAGCAGCAGGUGCAGGAGGAGAAGAAAUCACCAAAUGAAACAAAGAAUGUAUCAAUCAUUGAUUUAUUGGAUCAAAGUAAUUCUAAGGAAAGUGAACCUGUUAAAGAAGUUUGUGAAAAACACAAAACAGCCGCGACAACCACAAAUAAAAAUAAACCCGCUAAAACGAGAAGAAACAACAGACGUGCUGUACAAAAAUUCAAUGACAAUUCGACUUCUUCUCCUGUUUCUUCAGAUUUAGAAGAUUUUUGUGGAUUUGAUGAAAACACACCACCACCAACAACAAAACAACUCAAUGCCCUAAUUACUUCGUUGGCCUCCCUAAGACGGUGCAAGCGUACAUAUAUGACGGUUGACGAACAGCAGCCACCAUUGCCUUUAGUAACUCCGGUUGCUGAUGCACCUGCGCCUGCCGCAACAAAAAUAGCCAGUACCAGAUAUUCCGUGCGCAAUGUACAACCAUUAAACAAUAAUUCCAAUGCCAGCAAUCGAAGAGCAACAAGUACAAUAGUUACCAACAAAACGACGCCGCCGCCGUCGACGACGGCGAUGACAACCACAAAUGACAACAACAAACUUAGCAAAUUAGACUCGAAGUCGAUAACAAUUUCCUCCUCCCAGAGAAAUAUUAAAAAACUCCAACCUCCUGCGACUGGUGCUGUGGUUCUAAACAAGAAACGCACCGGCCGCUCCGCCGCAGUCUCAUCAUUAAUUGUGGAAAGUGUGGUGACCGACGUAGUUGUAGAGAAUGACGACGACAACAGUUUUCAGGGCUUUACCGAUACCCUCAAGUGUAAACAAAGAUUACGUGCUUUUAAUCUUAUGUUGCAUCAUGCGCAAGUGGCUUUAAAGCAUUUCAAUAUUGAACGUCGUGUAUAUAAGAAUAGGAACAGUAGUAGUGGUAGACAAAGUUUGGAACAGCAACAGCAAAGACCAACAUCAGUGCACAAAGAAGCACAUCGAUUAUCGUCCACGCACAUAGCACCACCACAAUCCGUGGGGAAUGGAGUUAGCGGUCGACGUCAACCGGCACGCAGUACACGUGCACAACGGGCGCGUUAUGUUUUCGAAUGA